AUGUUUAGGUUCACGGUGAUGUUGGGAGUCGGUAGUGAUCUGGUUGAACCACAGUUGGCAACUGGUCAGCACUUAAAUGGUGAACUUCUAAGUAAAAAAUUUUGUCCAAAGACCAUCUGGCUUGUGCCAAAAGAAAAAUUGAGUUUUGAUGAUCAAAAAGAAGAGGUAAAAAUAUCCCAUUUGUAAUGUACAUGUAUGUAUUUCUUAAUUUGACAGACUCACCACCAACAAGGAGUUCUCAAGUCGAAUGUAAACGUGGUUGGGUUUCAAAAACCAAAAAUAACUUUAAUGGAAGGGACUAGUUGAUGAGUAAAAUUGUGUGGUGUUAGACAGAGUAAAAUCUGUCAAGUCUCACUCCCAGGAGUCAAUGGAUUAAGGACUACUAAUAUACUUUGUAGUGAAAUUUAAGUUGAAAGUGUAUGGACCACAACAAGUAGUUUAACUUCUCAAAAUGCUUUUUGGAGCUGGAAGGUAUUUUUGUAGUAGUGAAACAUGUCUCCCUGUGUGAUACCUUCAUGCUUCAUGACAGUGACACUGUUUGUGAAUUAUUGGCCAUAACAAGUACACUUGAUGACUAAAUAGAUGAAAUCAAAGUGUGUUCUGAUGUAAUGCCAGAGUGCUAGUAUCAAUACUACUCAUACAAAUAUUUUUUCUUAUAUUUUUAGCAUGUUCAGGAUAACUUGUCAGCCCUUCUGGAUGAACCCAUCUAUAUAUCCUCAACAAUGCAAGCAGAAAAUACUUGUAGAUUGGAAUCUACCACUGGACCCUGUGUUGAAACCCAACCUUCUUGUGAUUCACAAAUUAACUCUGUGCCUUGUGAACUGGAUGUCCAUCCUACUUGUAACUCACAAACUACCUCUGCUCAUAGGGUAAUGGUAGACCAGCCUGCUUUUGAAUCAGGUAACCCCCAAAAAUAACAGCUAGUAAACUUAAUUGUUAACGCAAGUUAACUUAUUUGUUUAGUCUCAGUGCUCAGUUUGAAAGCAUCGUUCUCAUUUAUUGCUGACAAUGCUGAUAUGUAGAGUACUACUUGCAGAGUAUUAUUAUCGUUGACGACUGUGAUGAUAAAUGAUUUUGAUAGCCUUAGCUAUGUGGCACAGGGGACUCUUACAUAUUACUACCAGUUUCUCAUUCAUUACUACUGUGUAUAUGUACUUCAUUGAGUUCUUGUCCCCAACUUAUUUGACAGAUGCCCUGGGGAACCUCAACGUAAUUUUUCCAGCAAAGAGUGAACUUUAUUUGGCUGAGAAACUGCAGUGUUCAAAUGGUGAUUUACAACAGACUGUCCUGUCCAUUCUUCAUGAACAAGGUUUGUAACAAACAAGUUGUCAUCAUCUUAUAAGCACAGUGCUGAAUUCCUUCAUGAUCAUGAACAAGUGCAUUGCCAGAGAAGAAAUCUUUCCAAUGCAGCAAUGGCUGGGGCUAAAAUAACUGUUUUGUAGUUUUAGGUAUCAGGAAUAUCCAUACCUACCUCAGAUUGUUUUGGUUUCUUCUGGGGGCAGGGGUGGGAGGGAUGGCAAAAACCAAAUUGUAUGAAGCUAAAUGAACUGAAUCUGCUAAAAGGUGAAGGUUUGAGGCAGGAGGGUCUCAAAGGGAAAAAACUUUCAUAGGGGAGGUAUGAUUUAUGAAUGUUCUCUGCAUCCACACAUGGCUCCUGGUGGACAUUUAAGUUCUAGCUGGAGUGAUGGAUGCAAUUUUGAACAUUAUUUUGAUUGUAGCAAGCAUUGACACUUUUGUUUCUUCUGUUUAAAGUGUCAAAGUUGUGUUUGUGAUGGUGCUUGUGAGCACUGUGACAAACAGAAUGGUGCCUUUGUCUUUGCACAAAGAAGCUACACUUAAUAUAACACAAGGGAACUUUUUCUUCUAGAUCCUAGUGACACCCAAGAUGCGUUUGAGUUGCCAUUGUGUACGGUGAGAGAACCACCUGAUAAAAGCCUUGCUAGAUAUCAAGCAAAAAUGGUCAGCCACAGUCCCAGAAGACAGCUCAUUACAGUACAACGAUCUUCCAACAAUAUUAUAAGAGAUGUCCUCAAAGAAUACAAACGUGGUUCAUUUGAUAUCCAAAAAGUUCCAGAUGUGGAAUUCAUUGGAGAAGAAGGCAUUGAUGCAAAAGGCUUGACACGAGAGUUUUCUCAUAUUAUUAUGUCGUGUCUUCGGGAAGGAAAGGGUGGAAUUGCUCUUUUUGAGGGAGAGAUGGACCAUUUGUUGCCAGUUCACUCUGCAGCUUAUGUUGCAUCUAACUAUUUUUCCUAUGUUGGGAAGAUGAUUGCCCACUCUGUCCUUCACAGUGCCAUUGGCAUGGUUGGAUUAUCUAGAGCCCUGUGCACUUUACUCAUCACCAGUAACAUGGAGAGGGCAAUGUUAGACAUAACAGUGAGUGAUGUUCCAGAUGUGGAAUUGAGAGCAACUGUUGAAAAGGUAUGUAAUGUAUGUGUAACGAUAGCGGUCCCAAACACUAAAGAAGGACGCUAAAGGUGAUCGAUACAGUAACAGAUUUUAA